AACGAUAACUCUUUAUUGAAAAUCGUUAAGUUUUGUUUUUCUAUAUCGUUAUAAUAUAUAUAUAUAUAUAUAUACUUAAUAUAUUUAUUGUGGAGAAGCAAUUGGUGCAGACUGUUAAUUGUUGCCAGUGACAGGGACGUGUUAACCUGUUUUUAAAUCCAGUUUCUUACCGCCUACUGUCUGAACUAAACUUACCGGAACUGAAGACCACGUCCGGAUAUUCGGCCAUGCCAAAAUUCGAAACACCGUCCCUUUGUUGCUGAAUAAGAUCGUCCUUGGAAGUAAUCCAGCCUUGGAUAAACACCGGUGGAUAUUUACGGUUUCUCGUCGAUCGUUACCGCAAAAGAGGGGAGAACGGGACGGUGAAUAAGUCAUGGCGAGGCAACAGACAACCGACCGGAACAUUCCUCACCUACGGGACAUAUUCGGGUUCGGUAGUAAAUGGGAGAACGGGAGAACACCGGCCGAGGAAAAAGCUCCGGGACACGACAGCGCCGUUUCCGUUAGCUCGACUUCGGGCGACGAGGAAAGUCCGAAGAAUAACAAGAAGAAGAAAUCACGGCGUCGCGAUAACAGCAAAACCCUGACGGAGAGUGACGUUAAACACCUUGAGAGACACUUGUCGAUGAAGAAAACCAUCCGGAAGAAGAUAAUGCGCGAUCUUCAACAAGCGUUCGUCGAGGAUCCCAAUGAAUUCAGGGUCGAUGACAUUCCUCCUGAACAGCUCAAGGCUGAGAUAAAUAUACAGAGCCUAAGCUUUGGCACACCGUCUCAAAAACAGGGACGAAAUCGCGGCAACGCCGAGAGCAAUUUUCUCGAUAUGCUCAGAGGCGGUGGAGGUGUUGAGAAGGGGGGAAAUGACGUGGACCGUGAUUCUGGGCACGGUGGUUCUCCUACGAGGGAACCUCAGGGUCAAGACGCGGACGAUGAGUGCAGUUACACCUACGAUGGCCACGGAGGUGGAACGCCGGCUUCGAAGAAGCCAGGAAACUUCUGGAGACGUUUCACGAUGAAGAAUCGUAACAAGCGGUAAACUAAACGCGCGAUACUCCGCAGGCCCCAAACCCGAGCAUAAUUAAUAUAAUUACAUUAUACAUAUAUAUACAUAUGUAUAUUAAAAUUAUAUGAAAUAUAAGAUAUAUAAUUUAGCAUGUAUGAUGAUUAUCGUCGAGCAUAUAUAAUAUUUCUGAAAGCAGAGUAAUUACGUGUGAAAACUGUGAUAUAAGUGCAUUGCUCGACCGAUUAUUCGCAAUUGAUUCACCCGAUACGAGCGAACUACGAUUUUCGCUAUCUGCGGAUAUCAGGUUUUGGUAAAACGAUGUAAUACCUAGCAAAUUUAUGCCUCGCGCCAAAUUACUCGGUUCUCAUUGGUCGGUCCGAUUCCAAUCGCUAGUAUUUUAAACAACGAACCAAUGAAACACGUGGAUUCGGCGCAGGCGCAAUCGACUGUUUCGUUUUACCGAUUACAUGCAAUAAGAUGUCGUUGAAAGACAAUUGUUGUUACUUUUUAACUUGAAUAAUGUAUUCCCAUGAUAUUAUUGAAUUCCUUCGCAUUCGUAACGAAUAUUUCCUUGUCCGGAUGCAUCGAAUGCCUAAAUGAAUAUACUAAUUUGAAAAUUUUUAACCAUAGAUCAAAGCCUUGAUUGCAAAUUGUUUUCGCGACUAAUUGUCACGUGAUUUAAUCUACUAUAUACAAUAUAUAAAUGCUUGAUGGAUAUUUGAAUAUACAUAUAUUUAUGCAAUGGUACUUUAAUUUUACGUUAUAUAUUGUACUUUAAGGGAUACAGUUAAGAGUGCUUUCGUAUGUAUAUGAAAAAAGUAAAUAUAUAUAUAAAGAUUAUUGUAUCUACAUAACUGCGAUGUACUUAAAAUAAAUAUAUUUUACGACGAUCAAGUCUCCGCGUGAUUCCUCUUAAAUUGUAGAGAAAAAUGAUAAAUGAAAGUAAUGCACGUAAUCACGGUAUGAGUAAUGAAUUAAUUAGUUUUAGAAUUACGCGUAUUUUGGGUAUUGAGAACCGUGGUUACAAAAAACGUAACACUAAGCGCUUUGGUCACACCAAUAUUUUGGUUCCCGCUGUGUGAAAUUGCUGUCUAACAUAUCACAAUAUACUAUCGCAUCACAACUAAUAUUGUCAUAUAAGUAUACCUUAUGCUUACAGGUGUUUCAAAUAGAACUUAUUAAUUUCAAAAAAAUUGAUUACAACUUUUCUGUGAACACGUACCUUAAUAAUAUUUUCUGCUCGACAGUAUUUUUCGCGUACUUAUUUUGUUAGUAUUAGCUAGUCACCGUACAUACAAUAAUAAUAAUAGUAAUAGAUAUGGAGCGAAGUAAGCGAUGAAUUUAAAAUACAAUUACACGUGAAUAUUACUAUUCUUAUGAAUAUAGCAUAAAUUUACUAAAUGUUAUAAUUACAAAUAUUGGUAUAAACUUGUAAUUGUAGCUUGAACAAUUUGCUCUUGUAAGUGAACCAUACAGGAGUAUUUACGCAUGGUUGUAUCUCGAAAGCUAAAUCAUUAGUCAUUAGGCUUUCAUUCAACGAAAAUCUUUCAUAGAAUAUUUUUUUCAUGUGUAACAGAACUUGAUAACAUAAAAAGGAUUGUAUUACAAUGCAAGUAAACGGCAGCCUAGUUAAUUUUAUGCCAACUUUUAAAAUAACUCACCCAACAUUUUACGGAAAAUCGUUUCUAUAACUCUGGAAGCAAGUUUGUUGCAGUUAAGCUCCGAUUUUACACGCCUAGCAUUUUUAUCUGUAACGAAAUAUUUCUUAGCUGCAGAUAGUUUGGAAAUUUUUUUUGCAUCUUAAUAAAAUAGUUAUUUGGUUUACUCUUAAGUUAUCGUAUACCUUUAUAUUAAUUAUUAUUAUUACGUUCCUAAACUAGAAUGUAUCUCAUAAAUUCAACGGUUGAUUUAUACAUAUUACAUAUAUUCUAAUUCCUUUUUUCCAUUCCCGUCGCAUUGCUAUAUUUGUGCAUAUCUGCACUCACGAUUCUGCAACAUACAAGUAUGUAUAUUGCGAAUGAAAACGCGUAUGUUUGACGUUAGGUAUCAUGUGAUGUACACUAAGUACAGAGAUAAAAUAAGAAAACAUAGCUGUAUAUGAUAACAAUGUAGCUAAAAAUAAACUAAUCAAGGAAUAUUAAUACGAA